CAUCCUCGUUCGGACUGUCUCGGGCCGGUCUGGUGUGCUUCGUAUAGCGGUCGACUCCGUGGGUCACCUUUUCUCAAAAUAUCCGACAGCUAAGCAACGGAUUACAGAAAAAAAAUGUCUUUUGUGCAAAGAAGGGAGACAACAUCAUCUUAUAAGAGGAUGUUCGGCGGGGACAGACCCGCGGUGUCCCGGUCCAGCUAUUCGAGCCGCCAGUUCUCCAGCCCGAUGCGCUCCCGGGUUUCCUUCGGCUUGUCCUCGGCGCCCACCAUCUACGCGACCAAAUCCAGUCGGGUCCGCAGCAGCGCCCCGCUGCCCAGGUUCUCCUCCGACAGCGUGGACUUCUCCCUGUCGGACGCCAUCAGCACCGAGUUCAAGGUGAACCGCACGAACGAGAAGACCCAGAUGCAGCAACUGAACGACCGCUUCGCCUCGUACAUCGAGAAGGUGCGCUUCCUGGAGCAGCAGAACAAGAUCCUGCAGGCGGAGCUGGAGCAGCUGCGGGGCAAAGGCACGUCCCGCAUCGGGGACCUGUACGAGGAAGAGAUGCGCGAGCUGCGCAGGCAGGUGGACCAGCUGACCAAUGAGAAGGCCAGAGUGGAGGUGGACCGGGACAACCUGGCCGAGGACAUCGAGAGGAUCCGCGAGAAACUUCAGCAGGAAGUUCUUCAGCGUGAGGAGGCUGAAACCAACAUGCAGAGUUACAGACAGGAUGUGGACAAUGCCUCCCUGGCACGUCUGGACCUUGAACGUAAAGUGGAGGCAUUGCAGGACGAAAUCAUCUUCCUGAAGAAGCUCCACGAUGAGGAGAUGGCUGAGGUGCAGGCUCAGAUCCAGGACCAGCAUUUGCAAGUGGAGAUGGAGGUGGCUAAGCCGGACCUGACUGCAGCACUGCGUGAUGUCCGCCAACAGUAUGAGAACCUGGCUGCCAAGAACAUUCAUGAGUCUGAGGAGUUGUACAAGUCUAAGUUUAACGACCUCUCUGAAGCGGCUGCCCGCAGCAGUGAUGCCCUUCGGCUGGCCAGGCAGGAGGCCAAUGACUACCGGCGUCAGGUCCAGGCCCUCACCUGUGAAGUGGAUGCCCUCAAGGGGACUAAUGAGUCACUCGAGCGCCAGAUGCGGGAGAUGGAGGAGAACUUUGCACAGGAGUCCUCUAACUAUCAGGACACCAUUACCCGCCUGGAAGAGGACAUCCGCAACAUGAAGGGUGAGAUGACAAGUCACCUGCGGGAGUACCAGGACCUGCUCAACGUGAAGAUGGCACUGGACAUUGAGAUCGCCACCUACAGGAAGCUGCUGGAGGGCGAAGAGAGCCGGAUUUCUUCUCCUUUGCCAAACUUCUCUACUUCUCUCAACCUAAGAGAAGCCCUGGUGGAAUCCAAGCCCAUGAUUGAGAGCUUUUCUUCCAAAAAGGUGGUCAUUAAGACAAUUGAGACCAGAGAUGGUGAGGUGAUCAACGAAUCGACCCAGCAUCAUGAUGACCUGGAGUGAGCCUGCUGCCUCUGCAUGCUACAGAGAAAAAAGGAAAAAAAAAGACAAAAUGAUUCUGAGGCCAAGAGCAAGGAACAGCUUUGCUCAAUGACAGUAAAGACAGAAAAUAAAAUGCACAAAGAAAAAAGCUUUAAAAGUGCCUUUUUGCCAUAACAAGACAGGUGGCAGGUAGAGGGGCCUGUUAGGUAUAGAUGCUGUAGGCAUAAAGAACAGCUUUAGUGAAUUAUCCUUUACCACAGUCUCUAGUUUACAUUCAGAUCAUAUGCCAAAAAUAAAACAGCAAUACUUUCUGCAAUAGAAAUGAUUUUCACUUAAACCUUUUUUUCCAGGGAACCUGUGCACCACUUCAGACACAACUGUGAUUGCUUCUGUAUGACAAUAAACAUUUUGACAGAAAAAA